CGGGUGCUCUUCAGCAUGAGCCGGCGGACACCGUGUCCACCUUGCCAACAGCCUAGAGCCUUCGAGCUGGCGGUCCUCAGCGACCACUUCCGGGUGCUCUUCAGCACGAGCCGGCGGACACCGCGUCCACCUUGCCAGCGGCCCAGAGCCUUCGAGCUGGCGGUCCUUAGCGACCACUUCCGGGUGCUCUUCAGCACGAGCCGGCGGACACCGCGUCCACCUUGCCCGCGGCCCAGAGCCUUCGAGCUGGCGGUCCUCAGCGACCACUUCCGGGUGCUCUUCAGCACGAGCCGGCGGACACCGCGUCCACCUUGCCCGCGGCCCAGAGCCUUCGAGCUGGCGGUCCUCAGCGACCACUUCCGGGUGCUCUUCAGCACGAGCCGGCGGACACCGCGUCCACCUUGCCAGCGGCCCAGAGCCUUCGAGCUGGCGGUCCUCAGCGACCACUUCCGGGUGCUCUUCAGCACGAGCCGGCGGACACCGCGUCCACCUUGCCAGCGGCCCAGAGCCUUCGAGCUGGCGGUCCUCAGCGACCACUUCCGGGCGCUCUGCAGCACGAGCUGA